AUGCAGACGAUUUGUACGCGUUUUGAAAGCACGUACGAGACAGACAUCAUAUCGGACAUCCAUAUUCUGGAGAUAGGAGUUCAGGUUCCACCGGUACUGCACAUGAUACUGCAAUCGGGUGUAUUCGGUCUGUUUUGUAGUGCGGUGGGUGUCAGGUGA